UGCCGGUGGAGCCAGUGCAUUACGUUCGCCCGACUUCGAGAACGACUGGCUUCGUCGAGAAAAUCGAGGGGAUGUUGAAGAUCGCGUUGCUGUUAGCGCUCGGCGCUGUUUGCGCCGUCCAGGCCACAGGAUAUGACAGUCGCACCGCCAACGUCGAGUUCCUGCAGAAACAGAAGAAAAUAUUCGAAAUUUUGCUUUACGUCAGCCAGAAUGACCUGAACGAUGCCGAGUACUACAACAUCGGUAAAAACUACAACCCGGAGAGCAACAUCGACAUGUACAACAACAAGGAUGCUGUGAAGCAAUUCAUGUGGUGGUACAAGAAGGGAUGGUUGCUCGACAGGUGCGCCCUGUUCAGCUACUACAACAAGGAGCAUGUUUACGAGGUGAAACAAUUGUUCGAGUUGUUCUACUCGGCGAAGGAUUUCCAGACUUUCUAUAAAACAGCAUGCUGGGCUCGAAUCAAUGUGAACGACGGCGUGUUCGUGGCAGCUUUCACGAGUGCGGUCUUCUACAGAAACGACUGCAAAUACAUGAGACUGCCGGCUAUAUCCGAGAUCUAUCCGAACAUGUACAACAGCUAUGACGUGAUCCAACAGGCGCAGAAGUUCAAGAUGUCGAAAGGUAACAUUGAUAGUUUUCAGGAUGCUGUGAAGCAAUUCAUGUGGUGGUACAAGAAGGGAUGGUUGCUCGACAGGUGCGCCCUGUUCAGCUACUACAACAAGGAGCAUGUUUACGAGGUGAAACAAUUGUUCGAGUUGUUCUACUCGGCGAAGGAUUUCCAGACUUUCUAUAAAACAGCAUGCUGGGCUCGAAUCAAUGUGAACGACGGCGUGUUCGUGGCAGCUUUCACGAGUGCGGUCUUCUACAGAAACGACUGCAAAUACAUGAGACUGCCGGCUAUAUCCGAGAUCUAUCCGAACAUGUACAACAGCUAUGACGUGAUCCAACAGGCGCAGAAGUUCAAGAUGUCGAAAGGCUGCGGAGCAAACUUUGGCCUCGAUAACAAGGACUCGUACAUGUUCUACGCGAAUUACUCGAGCGCCUACAUCCCCUACGACGAAUCUGAGUACAAGAUGGACUACUUUAUGGAGGAUCCUAGCAUGAACAUGUUCUACUACUACUUCCGACAGGUGUUGCCGUUCUGGUUGUCCAGCGAAUACGUCGGCAUGUCCAAGGAGCUUCGCGGAAACUUGUACUACUACUAUCACAAGCAACUGAUGGCCAAAUACAAUUUGGAACGUAUGUCGAACGGCCUGGGCAAGAUCGACGACCUCGACUGGUACAAGCCCAUCCAACCAGGAUUCUUCUCCCAGAUGUGCUACACGAAUGGCGUGCCCGUGCCAUACAGGGACCAGUACACGAACAUUCCGUUCUAUAAGACCAAGGAUUUGAAUGCCAUCACCGCGUUCGAGUACCGCAUUAUGGAGGCCAUUGACUCCGGCUUCUUGCAAGACCAAAAUGGAAACAAGGUGAACAUAUAUACUCCGCAAGGUCUGUACUUGUUGGCCAACGUGAUCGAAGGCAACUUCGACUCGUGCAACAAGAAAUUCUACGGAAUGUACGACGCUUUCGCUCGCGACAUCCUCGGAUUCGGCUACAACUAUCAGAACAAGAACAAGAUGAUCCCCAGCGCCCUGCAGUGCUACUCGAUCAACAUGAGAGAUCCUGCCUUCUAUAUGAUGUACAAGAAGAUCAUGGGCUACUUCUUCAGAUACCAGAAGAACCUGCCAAUGUACACGCAGUCCGAAUUGCAAUUCCAAGGUGUGAGGAUCGAGUCCGUGGACAUCGACAGGCUGAACACCUACUUCGACUACUGCGACACCAUCAUCAACAACGCUGUUUCAGUGGAGAACUUCAACCAUGGAAAAUCAUUGAAAAUGAAGGCACGCCGUUCGUGUCUGAACUAUCAGCCAUUCUCUUACAAGUUCAACAUAAACUCUGACAAAGAGGAGACCGCCCUCGUCAAGAUCUUCAUGGGCCCUUACUUCGAGGACGAAAGCCAAGACUAUUAUUACUUGCAGAAGUACUACAAAUAUUUCUUCGAGAUGGACAGAUUCACCGUGAAGCUUUCCGCCGGUGCCAACAACAUUGUCAGAAAGAGCACCGACUCGAUGUUGAUGAUGCAGGACAUGAUGCCGAUGGACCAGUUCAUGGAGAAAUUGGACAGAGCGAUCAGCGGCAACGAACCGUUCAAAUACUCCGAGAGGCAGUUCGGCUUUAGCUCGCGUUUCACUCUUCCUAGGGGUAGCUCUAAAGGCAUGAAGUACAAGAUGUUCUUCUUCAUAAGCCCCUACCAGGAGAACAAAGACUCUUACUACGAACUGCCAUACUUCGGCAAGUUCUUCUGCGACGGCAAGGCCCCUGGCUUCCCGUUGGACCGACCUCUCUACGUCUGGAACUACUCAAUUCCGAACAUGUACUUCAAGAACGUCAUGGUCUACAACACACCCAAAUAUUUAUCUAAUAUUUAUGGAACUCAAAAAACGGUUGCUAUAUAUCAGCAGGUUUUCUUAAUCUCAAAACGGCGUCCAAGAUUAGUCAAAAACGCUAAUGAUAAUCGUAAAAGGAAAAAUCGCGAAGAAGCGAUUACUAGGACGAUAAAUUGGCCGAGGUGGGGAUGUUUCGUGAGUAUAAAAACGGCGAAAAACGUAUGGACCCACAAGUUCUCAACUGCGGUGUUUUACACGAACAUGUUGCGACUGUGGUUAUUGGGUUUGCUGGCCGUCUCGUUCGUCGGGGCUGGUUGGGGUCACGAAUCAUUUCAGACAAGUCCUGAGUUCCUGUCGAACCAGGCGAGAAUUUACCAGCUUCUGUUCCAUGUAGCCCAACCCGAAGUUGUAAACCCACGGCUUCACGAGCAGGGCGAGAAAUACUUCCAUGCAAACUACCACAAGUUCAAGGACCCGAAUGUCGUAGAGAGAUUCAAGGAGCUCAAACUGCGUGAAACUCUUCCACGUAGAGCAGUGUUCUCUGUCUACGAUGACUCUCACCUGGCCCAGUUGAAGGCCCUGACAGAGCUGCUCAUCUCUGCAGACAGCUUCGAUUCCUUCUACAACACUGCUCUGUGGGCAAGAGGUACCGAGAACGAGGGUGUCUUCGUUUUUGCCCUGUACACCGCUGUGAUCCACAGGCCGGAUACUGCAUACAUAAGACUGCCGCCGUUGUACGAGUUGUAUCCGUACGCCUUCUACAAUGCAGAUGUCAUCAAGGCUAUCAACGACUACAAAAUCACUCAUCCAUUCGACAGGAGCAAUCCCACGGUGGUAGCGUUCGCUGCCAAUUACACCGGCUGGAACGUAAACCGCCAGACCAGCUUGGAGAACAAGUUGAACUACUUCGUCGAAGAUAUCGGUCUGAACGCGUACUACGUCUUCCUGCGUUUGAACAACCCAUUCUGGUUGAGCAGCGACGUCCUCGAUACCUCGGCUUACCGUGGAGAAGAAUACUUGUACGCCCACAUUCAACUGCUGAGGCGGUACAACCUUGAAAGAGUCGCGAACCAAUUGCCGUUUGUUGAGAACUUCCUAUGGACCGAACCGUUCCCCGUUGGUUAUGAACCAACCCUGGUAUACCACAAUGGAAUACCGUGGCCCCAGAGACUAGCGUACAGCAAAUUACCCAGGAGCUCCUAUAAAGAUGUCAUUGACAUUAUAGACCUUGAAACGAGAAUAAGGACCGCCAUCGACUCCGGUUUCGUCCUUGACAACCACAACAAGUGGGUGAACAUUUACACGCCAGAGGGUCUGAACAUCCUUGGAAACAUUAUCGAAGGUAAUGCGGACUCCAUCAACAAGAACGUCUACGGCAGCUUCGACGAGCUCAGCAGAAAGAUCUUGGGACACAGCACCACUCCCGUGGCCGACGCCACCGUUGUUCCUAGCGCUCUGGAAACAUUCACUAGCUCCUUGAGAGAUCCUGCCACCUACAGAAUUCUGAAAAGAGUCAACGACCUCUACACAAGAUACAAGCUUCGCCAGAAUACCCACAAGAGUAACGAGGGCUUGCUCACAUCAAGGCCUGGACGUACAUUCCACAGAAAGGUCAACGAUACGACGUACCCGAAGAUCGAGUCCGUCGACGUCACCCGACUGACCACAUUCUUCGACGUAUUCAAUUCGACCGUCAGCAACGGUUUACUGAUCCAAAGCGACGAAGAGGCCAAAACAAACCUGAUCAAGAUCACGCAAACCCGUCUGAACCACGAAAGCUUCAAGUACACCAUCCAGGUUACUAGCAAGAAACCAACCAAGGCAGUCGUCAAAGUUUUCCUCGGACCGAAAACCGACGCGUACCACAAUCUCAUCAAGCUUCCACAAGAUUUCGAUUACUUCUAUGAAAUCGAUGACUGGCUAGUCUCUCUGCAAGAAGGAACCAACACCAUCGUGCGCAGCAGCAACGACAGCUUCUUCUACUACCCCGACUUCGAGCCAAGCGAGGUGUACUACGCCAGAGUACAGGAGGCCAUUCGCAGAGAUACUCCCUUAUACCUUGAGAAGAGAAUCGCUGGUUUCCCGCAAAGAUUGCUGUUGCCGAAGGGUGACGUUGCUGGAAAAUUGUACCAAUUGUUCGUGUACAUCAGCCCAGUCGAGGACGACGCCGAAGUCAACUACCAUUCCAGAGUGUUCGGUAACACCCUGUUCGACAAGAACUCGUUAGGUUUCCCUCUGGACAGGCUCGUCACCGAAUCGAAAUUCAGACAACAGAACUGGAUUCUGCAGGACGUGACCAUCUAUCACCAUCCCGAAACCAUCAACGAAGUCAAUCCUUACUGCACAACUACCCCUCACGUGUUCGGCACCACGAGAGUUGUUUGUUAAAUAUUUUAUAUGUUUCUAGGGGGGUCUUCUUAGUUCGACUAUUUACGAUGCAAUUAUUUCCUUAUAUUCUACGAGAGUUGAACGAUACUUUUAAAUAUUAUUAGAAUAAACGACGUAAAUUUACACGAUCUGGAGUUCAACAGCUUCAUUUUCUUGUUAAUAAAACAAAAUUUUGAUUGACAAGUA